UUGAAAACCGGAAACUCUCCCUGACGUCGACCUCGCUUUACGAGUGGGAAGGAAAAAAAAAGUGUUGCCGUGCAAACAUUUAGCUGAAACCUUAGCCGAAGUUUAUCGGACCAACAGUCUGCUGCCGGAACCUGCGGACCUCGGCUGUCAGCGUCAGGCGUCCAGCGGCCAAGAUGACAGAGGUGCGGCACCGCGGAGCCAAAGACGGCGAGCCUCCGCUGGAGCAGCAGCCAUCAGAGGACAAGGGCUCAGACAGUGAGCUGAAGGCAGAGAAGGAUGCGGUCUCAGACAACGAGUCCAAGGUGGACUCGGGAGUCCCAGAGGUGCCGGUUUCUGCUGAUGACACCCCCGAGGUUCUCAACAAGGCCCUGUCUGGACUCUCCUCAAGAUGGAAGAACUGGUGGGUACGAGGCAUCCUAACACUAGCCAUGAUCUCCUUCUUCUUCAUCAUCAUCUACCUGGGCCCAAUGGUGCUCAUGAUGAUCGUCCUCUGCGUUCAGAUCAAGUGUUUCCAAGAAAUCAUCACAAUUGGGUACAGCGUGUACCACUCCUACGACCUGCCCUGGUUCAGGACGCUGAGCUGGUACUUCCUGCUGUGUGUGAACUACUUCUUCUACGGCGAGACCGUGACCGACUACUUCUUCACGCUGGUGCAGAGAGAGGAGCCGCUUCGCAUCCUCAGCAAAUACCAUCGCUUCAUCUCCUUCGCGCUCUACCUCACAGGUUUCUGCAUGUUCGUGCUGAGCUUGGUGAAGAAACAUUACCGUCUCCAGUUCUACAUGUUUGGUUGGACCCAUGUGACUCUGCUAAUCGUGGUGACCCAGUCCCACCUCAUCAUUCACAACUUGUUUGAGGGUAUGAUCUGGUUCAUUGUUCCCAUUUCCUGUGUGAUCUGCAACGACAUCAUGGCCUACAUGUUUGGUUUCUUCUUCGGCCGAACACCCCUCAUUAAGCUGUCGCCUAAGAAGACAUGGGAGGGAUUUAUUGGUGGUUUGUUUUCCACCAUUGUGUUUGGCAUCAUGCUGUCCUACGUCAUGGCUGGAGUCCGCUACUUUGUUUGCCCGGUGGAGUUUAACAACGACUCCAACAGCUUCCAGGUGGACUGUGAGCCGUCAGAUCUGUUUCAGCUGCAGGACUACACCCUGCCCGGAGUCCUGGAGUCCGUCACUGGAUGGACCACGGUGCGUCUGUAUCCAUUCCAGAUCCACAGCAUCGCUCUCUCCUCCUUCGCCUCCAUUGUGGGACCCUUUGGUGGCUUUUUUGCCAGCGGCUUCAAGAGAGCAUUUAAGAUCAAGGACUUUGCCAACACUAUCCCAGGUCACGGAGGCAUUAUGGACAGAUUUGACUGCCAGUACCUAAUGGCCACAUUCGUUAACGUCUACAUUGCCAGCUUCAUCAGGGGCCCCAACCCCAGCAAGGUGAUCCAACAGCUCCUGGCCCUCAGACCCGACCAGCAGCUCUACAUCUUCAACUCGCUGAAGGCCCACCUGACGGAGAAAGGCCUGCUGCCAGCCGUGGAGGCUGCCGCUUAGAGCCCGGCCCCCCCGCUCUCCCUGCUCCCCAUUAAAGGUGGUGAAGAGAGGGAGGGGUCAGUGUGUGUAUCUGUGAGCGAGGACACAUCAACGAAAAACCUAGACAAACAUUCAUCUUUGGGUCAUUCCGUUCCAUUUGGGUUGGAGCGUUUUUUUUUUUUUUGUGUCUGUUCUGUGAAUCACGUUUCUGACACCUGUGUUUUCAGCUUGAGUUGGUGGGUUAGCGUUCAGUCAGAGUUGAUUUUUUUUUUCUUUUAUCAACACUUAAAUUUUGGUCAGAUGUCCAUUUCUGCCUGUUUACACAAUAUCAUCGAUAUUACUGGUUCACGUGUGUUUAAUAUUUUACCGUCUGUUGUUUUUAAAUCUAAAGCAGCGCUCUAAACCCGUUAACACAACGUAAUGUUACUGCAGCACCGCGUCACCCUCUCCCGCAAAUGUCUGCUUAGAUUUUCUGUUGAUUGUGAUGACUAUUUAUACAGAGAUGGUUUUUAUAUUCCAAAUGUUCUAUUGUAUCUUAAAGUUGUCUAUUUUAUUCAGGCUGUAAUGUGCAUUUUUGUAUCUGUUUUUGUUAUGAUUUGUUUCCAUCAGUCAU